AUGCCGAUGAUGUCCAGCGGCGAGUCGAUCAAGGCGCAAGUCGUCGACAAGAUUCCGAAGCGUUUCAAAGAGUUAAAAUUUGGUAUCCUGUCAAACCAAGACAUUGUCAACCAAGGCGUCAUAGAGGUCUCGAAUAAAACGUUGUACAAUGUCGAUAAUGGCCGAACUCCCAUUCCACAUGGCCCUCUGGAUCCAAGAUUGGGUACUUCCAGCAAAGCCGGACGUUGCGAAACUUGUGACAAAGGUCUGCAAGAUUGCAAUGGUCAUUUUGGCCAUGUCAGAUUACCGCUUCCAGCUUUCCAUAUUGGGUAUUUGAAAUUGAUUAUAAUGAUUCUACAGAACAUCUGCAAGACAUGCGCCAGGGUUCUACUUACCGAUGCCGAGCGACGACAGUUCCUAAGAGAGUUACGAAAGCCAGGUAUUGAUAAUUUGAAGCGCACACAAAUCUGUAAGAAGAUCAACGAACAAUGUCGAAAGGCAAGCCAGUGCCCUCACUGCGAUGCUACCAAUGGUCAAAUUAGGAAAGUCAGUGUCGUUCGUCUGGCACACGAUAAGUACACAAAAUACAACAAGUCUACUGCAGCUAAGAAGGUGGCUCCACCGGGAAUGGCCGAAUACCAAAAAUCUUUUGAAGAAGCAAAGAAGAACAAUACAGAGUUGGAAAAACACGUGAAGAAGGUCUAUGAGGAUUUACACCCAUUGAGGGUGCUUAAUUUGUUCAAGCUGAUCACGCCGAGCGAUUGCGAACUUCUGGGGAUCAAUCCUGCUGAGGGUCGUCCGGAGAUGUUUCUAUGGCAGUUCGUGCCGGCACCCCCAAUCUGCAUUCGGCCAUCUGUUGCGCAAGAUGGAGGGAGUAAUGAGGAUGAUCUCACCGCGAAACUUGCCGAGAUUGUUAACAUGAGCUCUCUGAUAAGAGCGGCAUUACAAAAAGGACAAGCAGUGCAAACAAUCAUGGAGCAAUGGGACUUUCUUCAAUUACAAAUCGCCAUGUAUGUUAAUAGCGACGUUCCAGGCCUUCAGCAACCUGGGUUUGGAAAGGCCAUUCGAGGAUUUUGUCAACGGUUGAAGGGGAAGCAAGGUCGAUUCCGAGGUAACUUGUCUGGAAAACGUGUUGAUUUCUCUGGACGAACAGUUAUUUCUCCCGAUCCGAAUCUUGGCAUUGAUGAAGUCGCCGUUCCUAUUUUAGUAGCAAAGAAUCUCACUUAUCCUGAACGGGUCCAACGCCAGAACAUCGAAAAAUUGCGCAAGUGCGUCAUCAAUGGGCCGAACGUCCAUCCGGGUGCGCAACAAAUAGUCAAGAAAGAUUCCAACCAUAAGAUAUCCUUGAAAUUUGCCAAGCGGGACAAUGAGGCAAAAUUUCUCAAGAUAGGAGACGUUGUUGAAAGACAUCUUGAGGAUGGCGAUAUUGUUCUCUUCAACCGUCAGCCAUCUCUGCACAAGCUCAGUAUCAUGAGUCAUUACGCAAAAAUUCGACCAUGGCGAACAUUCCGUCUGAAUGAAUGUGUCUGCAAUCCAUACAAUGCAGAUUUCGAUGGUGACGAAAUGAACCUUCACGUACCACAAACAGAGGAGGCGCGGACCGAAGCGAUUAAUCUAAUGGGAGUGAAGAACAAUCUUUCAACUCCAAAGAAUGGAGAACCCAUCAUUUCUGCUACGCAAGAUUUUAUCACUGCAGCUUAUUUGCUAUCUAGUAAAGAGAACUUCUUCGAUCGCAAGACCUUUACCAAUAUUUGCAUGUACAUGGUCGACUCAAAUCUUCAUUUGCAACUUCCUCCGCCAGCUAUUCUAAAACCACAAGCUCUUUGGACUGGCAAACAAGUUUUCAGUAUUCUCAUGCGCCCGAACAAGCAAGAUAAUAUACUUGUCAAUGUUGACGCGAAAUGUCGAGACUUCGUACCAAACAUGGUGCCGCCCGGGUAUGCGAAUGACAUGGAAGCCAAUGACGGAUGGCUGGUAAUUCGGAACUCAGAAGUGAUGUGUGGCCUUAUGGACAAGAGCACAGUUGGAUCUGGGAAAAAAGACUCCAUCUUCUAUGUCAUAUUACGUGACUAUGGCCCCGACGCAGCUGUUGUGGCUAUGAAUCGCUUGUCUAAGCUUUCCGCCAGAUAUCUCACAAACAUGGGGUUCUCCAUAGGAAUCAGUGAUGUUUAUCCUUCCGAGGAACUCAACAAGAGUAAGGCCAGACUAAUCGCUGCUGCUUACGCGGAGUGCGAGCAGCUGAUUGAAAGUUUCAAGAACAACACAUUAGAGAAAUCUACUGGUUUGAGUAUGGAGGAGACACUUGAAGCUAAACUUUCCGGCAAGCUAAGUCAAGUUCGUGGCGCAGCUGGAAAAGAGUGUCUCAGGACCUUAUACGCUUCGAGCUCACCGCUAGUAAUGGCUAAUUCAGGAUCAAAGGGUUCUGCAAUUAACGUUGCGCAGAUGGUGGCGCUAGUAGGGCAACAAAUUAUUGGAGGUUCUCGUGUCCAAGAAGGCUUUCAAGAUCGAACUCUCCCCCAUUUCCCGAAGCAUUCUAAACAGCCUCCUGCCAAGGGGUUCGUAGCAAACAGCUUCUUCACUGGGCUGACCCCCUAUGAAUUCAUUUUCCACGCUAUGUCCGGACGUGAAGGUUUGGUAGAUACUGCCGUCAAAACGGCAGAAACCGGUUACAUGUCGCGACGACUCAUGAAAUCUCUAGAGGAUUUAUCAACACAAUAUGAUGAUACCGUCAGAACUUCUGGUGGCGGAAUCGUCCAGUUUCAGUUUGGUGCUGACGGACUGGAUCCGUUGGACAUGGAGGGAAAUGCAGUCCCUGUCAAUUUCAAGCGAACAUGGACUCAAGCAGAGACUCUCACAUGGGACAAUGAAGAAAGGUCACUUCUCCCUUUUGAGGUUACGGGGCAAUGCACGGAACACUUGGCAACAUUUAAAGCCAAAUUUUCUAGAUUUGGACUUCGUAACGGUGAACCAUUAGGCUACGACGAUGCGAGCGACUACGGUGUCGAUGAGCAUGAUGGUGGCCGGGAGUUCCUUGCGGCCGUUAACAAAUUCAUAGGUGAAAAAGCAUCGCACAUGGCUAAAGCGCGAACGAAGGCUGGACUGCAUGAUUUUGUACAAGAUCCGAAAGUUACGGGUAUUCUUUACGACGAAAAUGACGAGAAUGAUGAAUCGAGAGCCUAUGUGAACCAAGUUGCCAAGGUUUCCAAAACCACAUUGAAAAAGUUUUGUGAGCUCUGCCUGGAAAAGUACUCGCGAGCCAAGGUCGAACCGGGUCAUGCCGUCGGAGCUGUUGGAGCGCAAUCGAUUGGAGAACCUGGAACACAAAUGACGUUGAAAACUUUCCAUUUUGCCGGUGUCGCUGGUAUGAAUUUGACCGCUGGUGUACCCCGUAUUAAGGAAAUUAUCAACGCUUCAAAGACGAUUGCUACGCCGUUCGUCAAAUGCCCUCUGCUCAACGAUAAGGACUUGGAUGUAGCCCGGCUCGUCAAAGCUCGUAUGGAGAAGACCUACUUGCAUGAAGUUCUUCAUUUUGCCGAAGAUAUGUGGUCAGCGAGGUCCGCAGUAAUCUGUCUGGCGGUCGACACGGAGUAUUUAGUGAACAGGCAGAUUGAAGUAACCGUGGAGAAUAUUGCCACUACAAUCUUGAAGAAUAAGAAACUCAAGGUCAAAAGCGAAGAUCUUAACGUCAAAGGAAAGUGCAUUUUCAUCAGGGUUACCCAUGAUGGUAGCGCUCCUACCACAGCUCGUGGGACCGCGGCUAAGGGCAAGCCUACCCUCGAUGAAGGUGGUUCUGACCUUCUACUCCGUGUACACCACCUUAAGCGCGCUAUACCAGAAUUGGCCAUAUCCGGAUAUCCAGAAGCCACCAGAGCUAUCAUCAACACAUCUGAACACGAGAAGCCAGAGUACACAGUCGUUGUCGAAGGAUAUGGUCUCCGUGCCUGUAUCGGAACCGAAGGUGUUGACGGCACCAAAGUCAAGUCUAACAGUGUCAUGGAAAUGCGUGAUGUCUUAGGUAUUGAAGCAGCUCGUUAUACAAUCGCCAACGAAAUCGCAACCGUUAUGGCGGAUAUGGACAUCGAUCCUCGUCACAUGCAACUUCUUGCUGAUGUCAUGACAUACAAGGGAGAAGUCCUAGGUAUCACCCGUUUCGGUCUUUCGAAAAUGAGAGAUAGUGUACUGCAACUUGCAUCCUUCGAGAAAACCCCGGAUCAUCUUUUUGAUGCGGCCGCAGGCAUGAAGACGGACAGAAUUGAGGGUGUCAGUACGGGUGCUUUCAAGGUUGUUAGGCAACUAGAUCUUACUCCCGAUCAUCUGAAGGUAAAGCCAACGCUUUUCGAAGAUGCAUGGAAGGUAGAUCAAAGGGAGAGAGUGAAACUUAAGAGAUCGAUCCAUGGUUGA